CAUGCCCGGGGCUCGGCGGGGAGGCGGCGGGGCGAUGAGGCGGCGGGGACAGCGGGCUCAACUGGCCCCCGCUGCCCCCCGCUCCCUGGCCCGCGGGGAGUGAGGCAGCUCCGCGCUCCCGGAAGGGCGGGCGGGGAGGUGGUGCCGGAGCGGGGAUGCUGCAGCCCUCCCCCGGCGCCCACGGGGUCCUGCCGGGGUAGAGCCCCGCCGAGCCGUGCCGUGCCGAGUCGAGCCGUGCCGUGCCGAGCUCCGCCGUCUGCGGGGGCGGCGGCCGCGGAGGGAUGGAGCCGGCGAGCCCCUGUCGGGCGCCGCUGCUCCCCGCCAACGACUCUUACCACGGGCGAAACUGCAGCACCGAGGAGGGGAUCUACCAAGAUGCCACCCCCCUCUCCGGGAAGAUCGUGCUCGCCGUCGUCCUGGCGCUCGUCACCCUGGCCACGGUGCUCUCCAACGCCUUUGUCAUCGCCACGGUCUACCAGACGAGGAAACUCCACACGCCGGCCAACUAUCUCAUUGCCUCGCUGGCCGUCACCGACCUCCUCGUCUCCAUCCUCGUCAUGCCCAUCAGCACCGUGUACACUGUGACCGGCAAGUGGACGCUGGGCCAGAUCGUCUGCGAUAUCUGGCUGUCCUCGGACAUCACCUGUUGCACGGCGUCCAUCCUGCACCUCUGUGUCAUCGCCCUGGACCGCUACUGGGCGAUCACCGACGCCGUCGAGUACUCCACGAAAAGGACUCCCAAGCGGGCAGCGGGCAUGAUCGCCCUGGUGUGGGUCUUCUCCAUCUGCAUCUCCAUGCCCCCCUUGUUUUGGCGGCAGGCGAAGGCCGAGGAAGCCUCUCACUGUGUGGUGAACACGGACCACGUCCUCUACACCGUGUAUUCCACGGUGGGAGCCUUCUACUUCCCCACUUUGCUGCUGAUAGCCCUCUACGGGAGGAUCUACGUGGAAGCCAGAUCGAGGAUUUUGAAGCAGACGCCAAAGAAAGCGGGUAAAAGACUAACUCGGGCUCAGCUGAUCACGGACUCCCCGGGGUCGUCCUCCUCCGUCACGUCCAUAAACUCCAAGGCCCCCGAGGGAUCCAGCGAAACGGGCUCGCCGGUGUACAUGAACCAGGUGAAGGUGAAGGUCUCGGACGCCCUGCUGGAGAAGAAGAAGCUCACGGCCGCUAGAGAGCGGAAAGCUACAAAGACUUUAGGGAUUAUUUUAGGAGCCUUCAUCGUCUGUUGGCUGCCCUUUUUCAUCAUCAGCCUGGUGUUGCCUAUUUGCAAGGACGCUUGCUGGUUCCACAUGGCCAUCUUUGACUUUUUCACGUGGCUCGGAUAUCUCAACUCCCUCAUCAACCCCAUCAUCUAUACGAUGUCGAACGAAGACUUCAAACAAGCUUUCCACAAACUCAUACGUUUCCGAUGCACAAGCUGAAAAUGUUGAAUGCGAUGUGUUCGCCGGGGCUGCCCCCAUGCACGCCCGUGCCCGACGCCACAGAAUCAAGUUGCUAUUGUAAAGACCCACUGCUUGAAACUUCCCCAAGCCAGUUGCCAGACUCAUGAUGCUGCAAAAACGUCAAUACAUACUGCCACCAAACUGCUCAGCUCUGCAUUUCAGUGUAAUGACUCUGGCAGAGAUGCUGUUCCAAUAGUCACGCAGAUCUGUUGCAAAAAAAAAAAAAAAAAAAAAAGAAAAAGGAGAAAAAAAAAAAAAGGGCAGCCUCGAAUCAAGGUCUAUAAUUCAUCUGGACUGAAGAAAAAGUUUGAGAGUAAACUCAAUUUAUUUUGCAGGCUUAACUUCUUAAUUUGUUCUCCAGCCGGUUGUAGGGGUGUGCACCAGAGCACAGUUGUCUCUGUCUGUGUCGGUAGCAUAGUUGUACUUCUGCACACCUGUAAUUUCUUUCUUUCAGUGGAAAGAGUUGCUCACUCGUCAUGAGCCCCAGAAGAAGGAAAGACGGAGGUUUAAAAAAAUCAGGAGCAUCACAGUAAACUCUGUAAAUGACUCCUUCAGCUGAACAUGUGUGAGAAGUGGCAGUGUGCAAAAGUUAUAUUUGUAUUUCCAAACAAUAGCAAAUACAAGUACUGUAGAAACGAGUUGUAGACCUGUUCAACUGCACUGCAUAUCUAUAGCCUGUCCUCAUAGUUGCCUUCAUAAUGUAAAUACUUCUUGCUUCUACUCCAUAACUCAAGAGCAGAAUACAAGAAGUCCAAUGACCUUUUCCAUAAACCAGCUGGGAAUAGAAGUAGCAGUUUGCUGUUGUAACCAUGUUUUCCAUUUUGUGUCAGUUGCACACCCUUACCGCAUGAACCACUGCAAAAUUUAGGACUCUCUAAGUAAUUACAUUAUUGUCUAUUUUGUAAGAAGUGAAGCAGUUUGCUCUUCCAGAAGAGCUGUAUCACCUGCAAAAUAAAUACCCAUAAAUCAUGAAUAAAAUAAUGUUAUUGAAAUUACUCUCCUCCCUAUUUCCCCGACUUUAUUUUUUUUUUACUAUCUGAUCAGACCUUAAGAAAGGUCUACAUACAUUCAGCAGUCAAAGUUAGAGUUUCAGGGUAUGGUCCACCUGCUGUGAUAGAAUUGCAUUGAUUGUUCCUCCUAUGUGUAAAUGAAAAUGAGUAUAAACAAUAAAAUGCUUUACUGUGUUCUCAA